AUGAGCAGCAGCGACAGUGACGGCUCCAUGGAUUCCCCGCUGGGCAGCAACGCAGGGGUAAUGGCCAAAAUACACCAGGAAGCAGCGCAGCCCCCCCCCCCCUGUGAGGCCAAAGGCGGGCAAUGGGGAUAUUGGCACCGAAUGGGAAUGAGUCUCCCUGCUUUAUCUACAGCUACUUGUUGUGCCCCGUUGCCCCCAAGCAGUGUAAAUGCCCCGUUUCCCCCAAGCAGUGUAAAUGCCCAGCCUGAGAGGCCAAAGGGGAGUGAAGAGGAGACUGGAGUUAAAGGGGAAAUCAGAGAUACAGGAUUGGGUCUCCCUGCUUGGUCUGCAGCCUUCAAAAAUAUACUGUUGCCAACAGCUACUGGUAAUGCCCAGCUGAAUCCCCCAUUGCCUCCAAGCAGCAGUGAUAUUAAUUUGCCUCCAAGCAGCAGUGAUAUUAAUUUGCCUCCAAGCAGCAGUGAUAUUAAUUUGCCUCCAAGCAGCAGUGAUAUUAAUUUGCCUCCAAGCAGCAGUGAUAUUAAUUUGCCCCCAAGCAGCACAGAUGCCCCAUUAGUUGCAAGAAGUGAUAUGAAUUUGCUUGCAGACCCUAAAAAUGCCCCAUUACAGAGGUGCCCGACCAAAGCUCCAGUGCCUACAGACAAGCACAGUUCCUUAUGCCCCAUCAUGGCACCUCCCUGCCAUCAGGCUGAAGACACCGGGCCUCUCUCACAGAUGGGUGCCCUCUUAGACCAACUGGUCCAAACCCACUCAGCCUCAGUAGGGAGUGAGGAGUUCCUGAGGUUGGCAGGAGAUGUAUUUAAGCAGGGAAUAGAGGCGCAGAACCAGUGGCACCACAGAAUGAUGGAGGACCGCCAGCGCAACAGAUUAGCCAAUCUGGAGAUGGCCCAGAUGCAGCUACGUUACAAUAGGAGCAGCUCGUUAUCACCAACGCCAUUUUCUCAGGAGCAUUUCCCUCAGUUCCAGGAUGUGAGCGAAGAUACCGAUUGGGUCCUGCUGAAUUUUGAGAAACUCUGUGCCAUGUGCAACGUGCCGGAACCAGACUGGGUCUUCUAUCUGCCCAACGCGCUCAAGAGCAAGGCAAUGGGGUGCUAUGGCGAUGUGCCCAUGGGUGCCUGCUGCGAUUACCCAGCCAUAAAGGCUGCCUUGCUGAAACCGUACAACGGGGAGCCCGAGAUACACCGCGUCAAGUUCCGAAAUAUGACGCUGAAGGCAGGAGAAACGUUCAACAGCUUUUACCAGAGACUCCAGUACCGCUAUGACCGCUGGAUGGAGGCCUCCGACAUAAAGCAAUUCAAGGACUGCUAUCGGCCUCUGGUGUUGGAGCAACUGCUCCAGAAGUGUCCGGCUAGGGUCCAGCAGAAGGUUCUGAAGCACAAGAGCUGCUCCCCGUAUCAGGCUGCCCAAAUUGCAGACGAUCAUCUUCAUCUCCAUCCGGAACCGGCUUCUCAGCCCAGACUGGACAGAUGCCCUCCCCCACCCAUAACAGAUAAAAAUACAGAUGCCUCUCUGCUUCAACAUUGGUCCAUGGACAAUGAAAGCAUAUUGGAUUUGCUGGAUUUAUUCGAGUGCCAUUCCACCUUCCAUCAACUGCCCAAAUCCCAAUGGGUCAAGUAUUUAUGUGGCAAACUGAAGGGCAAAGUGCUGGACGUCUGCCUGUCCAUCCCACAAGAACACAAGCGCGAUUAUGAUUUUGUAAAGGCAGAAAUUUUAGGGUUCUACGGAAUAACCCCGGAGACCCAUCGGAUCAAGUUCCGAACCAUCCAACGUCAGGAUGAUCAACCCUUCACGGCUUUUUAUCAGAACCUUCUGUGCCACUAUAAUAGGUGGAUGGCGGCCUGUGAAGUGCAGACGAUUGAGCAGUGCGCCAACCUGAUGGUGGUGGAACAACUGCUCACUCGGUGCCCCCCUGAGGUACAGGGAAGGGUGACUUCUAUGCAAAAGGCCCCAACGCCAGAAGCCGUAGCCAGAAUUGCCGAUAAGUAUAUGAUCCUCCAUUCGGAACUGCAGCAGCACCCCCCAUGAAACCGGUCCCUGAGGCACCACCGAUUGUAAGGAGGCCAAGCCAAGGGGCUUUCCAAGAUGGAAGAAAGCAAGGACCAAGAAAUGAGCAGAAAAGCUGGCCAAGGCCAAGAUAUGCAAGUUAAUUGUCCUGGCCAAGCCCAAAAUCAGUUCAGGGGAAGCAGGUCUUCCCUUGGCCAUGUUGGGCAUGACUCUAAUGCCUUCCCUUAGCCAUGUUGGGCCUGACUCUAAUGCCUUCCCUCAGCCAUGUUGGGCCUGAC